AAGAGAGGAAGAUGCCCCAGGGAGUAGAGAGACAGGGGGAUAAAAAAACAGAGAUAGAGAGAAGCAGUCUCAAGAUUAAAAAAAAACGCAAUACCAGGAGAGCUGGAGACACAAAGCUUCUAGAGGCCAGUGGAAAGAAAGACGUAGUCAAAAUGGAACGAGAGGUGCAGAGUGAGAACAGCUUACACACUAUAGCCAUCAUUCUGCUGUGUUGUGGGGCCGUCAAAAUGCUGCACCUACUGGGAGUCAUCACUGUAGAGGACAAAACUGAUGAUGAUUUGGAGAUUACGAUGGUGUGCCAUCGACCAGAGGGCCUUGACCAGCUAGAAGCUCAAACCAACUUCAGCAAAAGAGAACUCCAAGUGCUCUACCGGGGCUUUAAGAAUGAGUGUCCAAGUGGCAUCGUAAAUGAGGAAACCUUCAAGCAAAUAUACUCUCAGUUCUUUCCUCAUGGAGAUGCCAGCACCUACGCACACUUCCUGUUCAACGCAUUUGACUCAGCACAUACCGGCUCCAUAAAGUUUGAGGACUUUGUAACAGCUCUGUCCAUCCUGCUGAGGGGCUCCGUCACUGAGAAGCUGCAGUGGACCUUUAACCUUUACGAUAUCAACAGAGAUGGAUACAUCAACAAAGAGGAGAUGACAGACAUUGUCAGAGCGAUAUAUGACAUGAUGGGGAAGUACACUUACCCUGUCUUGAAAACUGACGCACCCAAACAACAUGUGGAAGCCUUCUUUCAGAAAAUGGACAAAAACAGAGACGGUGUGGUCACUCUUGAUGAAUUCAUCUUUUCGUGUCAAGAGGAUGAAAACAUCAUGAGGUCCCUGCAGCUCUUUGAAAAUGUCAUCUAGACAACAAAGAAGUGGGAGAAAGUGCAAUAGACAAAAGCACAGAGCGAGAAAAGAAGAAAGGGAAGGAGAGUUGAAUGUCCAAGAGAAAAGGAACAGCAUAGCUUGCUAUUGAAAACAAGGAUCUUGUCACUCUAUGUGGGACUAUUUCCACAGAACUUCAUGGAGGGCCAUCUUGCUGUAACAAAAUCCAUGGCCACAAACCAUCACUGGUUUUGGAUAAAUGUCUUUAAGACUUAAACCCUUCAUUUGACCAUUUACCUUGUCUCCAUCGCCCUUGUUUGUUGCUGUCACUUUAGAGAGUGUGUAAAUACUGAUUCUCUAAUACUUUUCCUGAAAUAUGUCAGAUGAACCACAUUAUCAAGCAGGACUGGAAUUCCUAAAAGCACCUUAGCAGUGAGAUCAACCAAGAUGCAUACUCGGUGCAUCUGAAGCUUAAAUAAGGCUUUUUUUCAUCUUGAAUUUCUGUGUCAAUACAACAAAUGUGAGCAAUAUUGUGAAGCAUGCAAGACAGAGGCCUACGGCAUAUUUGCCGUAUAGGUACCAUUUAAAAAGAAAACAACAAAAAAAACUUGGUGGCCAUAUACUCUUGCUAAGUGUAUACAUAUGGGAAGCCGUGGUCUGGGUGUAGCAUCUCACAGAGCCACCACAUGUGUUUACAGAGUAAAUUCAGGCACAGGCCUGUAAAGGUUUGCAGAGCUGAAUUUGACCUCCUACGUCUCGUGACAAAAGCCCUCUUUACUCCUACCGUGUGAUCCAGUGGUGUCAGUCAGUGUUUCAGUGUCGUAACAACUCCACUGUAGAUAUUUAACUGUUGUAUCUGUGGCUUCUUCUCACUGUAUGGAAUCAUUCGUGUCCGUCUGGAUGUUUCUGAUUCUGCCUGUCUGUCUCUCUGAUUGGAUAUAACUGUAAUUAAUCUACCUGCCAUUCAUUAAAAGUCCAUUUAGAGGUUUACUGGCAAACAGAUGCAGAGUGAUACAGGGACAUGCAUAUGUUUGUGUGUGCGUGUGUGUGUGAGUGUUAUCCUCAUGCAAAGUUUCUGUUUUCCUGAUUUAAAAAAAUGAGUGUCAUGAUUCGAGCAUGUAGCUUUAUCUUGAGGCUCAGUCUGGCUGAGCUGACAAUGUUCCUGCUAGAGAGGAGAGUUUCAUCGUCAGUUCUGUCUGUUUUUAAAAAUGUUGACUCAGAGCGACUAACCUUUCACUGUGAGGGAGAGACAAAAGAGGGGAGAGCUAGAAGGAAGGACUGUGGGGAAAGAAUAGACUGAGACAUAAGAGGCGAGAAUAAGGCAGAAGACGAGAGAGACCUUUUCACUGAUUCUGAAGGAAUGGAAGCCAUGUUUCUAACAAGAGCCAUCAUUUUGAAGAUUGAGCAGGACAAAAAUACAGAUUUAUAAAUGAUUUGCUGUCAUGCCCACUCACUGUGCUACCAGUAGUGUAAUAAAACUCCUUGCUGAGCUGUGUUGCGGCUCAUCUCAAAUGUACCCAGACAUUCUUCCAGACAGACUGACAGACAGGAAGACAAACAGAUAGACAGCUCAAACCUGUCAGAAUGAAAUCAUGUGUGUAUUGAAAUACUGUAUAAAAUCAUUAUAUUUAUCAAUAAACUUUUCAAGAAACAAA